AUGCCGUCGGCCAAGUUUCGCGCUGCCGCCGUCCACGCAACGCCCGAGUACAUGAACAAGGCUGCCACCACGACCAAGGUGCUGCGCUUGAUCGAGCAGGCUGCCCAGCAGUCCAUCACGCUGCUGGUGUUUCCCGAAGUCUUCAUCCCUGGUUUCCCAUACUUCAUCAACUGCUAUCCCCCGCUGAAACAAGUCGACGCCAUAGUCCAGUAUCGGCAGCAAAGCGUCGCCGUCGAUGGGGAAGAAAUCGCGCAGAUCCGCAGCGCCUGUCGCGCGUUCGGCGUGUCGAUCAGCCUGGGCAUCUCCGAGCGCAUGUCCGACGGCAGGUCCACGCUCUUCAACUCGCAAGUCUUCAUUGACACCGACGGGACGAUCCUGGGGGUCCAUCGCAAGAUCCAGCCUACCUUUGCGGAGCGAUAUCUCUGGGGGCAAGGCGACGGCUGGACGCUGAGGACGUUCGAUACCAAGGCCGGGUAUAAGCUGGGAGGGUUAUGCUGCUGGGAGCAUACGAUCAAUGGCGCGAGACAAGCCUUAAUUGCUGACAACCAGCAUGUCCAUGCGGCCGCAUGGCCCUCGCUGUCGACCCUUGCCGGGUUUGAAGACGUGGCGGACACGCAGAUCGAGGCGCUGAUGAAGACGCACGCACUGACAGCCCAGGUGUUUGUCAUCUGCGCAUCCAACUACGUCGACGAGUCGUGUCUACAGUGGCUGCGCAAGAAUCUGGGCGAGACGGAUCUCGUCAAGGCCGGAGGAGGCUGGUCAGCCAUCAUCCACCCCUUCUGCGCCUACCUGGCCGGACCGGUCACGGGCGAGAGGGAGGAGCUGCUCACGGCGGAGAUCGAUCUCUCGCAGCUGGAGGGCGUCAAGCUGUGGCUGGACGGGGCAGGCCAUUCCUCGCGGCCGGAAAUCUUGCAGUUCAGCGUCAACCGUCGGCCUGUGUGGGCGGACGAAAAGGAGGACAAGACCUCUGGUUGGACUCUUCCUGCGCCUGUUCCGAAUGAGGAUGGGGGAGAAAAGUCGCAGUAG